AGGCCGAAAACGCGAGGCGUUGACAGCAACAGAUUCCCGUGGGAAAGGUUUGCAAGUGCGUAAACACGAAAAGGGCACUGAUAGUGAAGAGAUUGUGAAUAAAUUAGGAGCUAAACAUUAUCCUACCAAAACCACCGCAAAUUCGUCCGCAUCAUGGGAGUACCAGCAUUUUUCCGCUGGUUGUCGCGUAAAUAUCCGUCCGUGAUAAUCGAAUGUGUCGAGCAGAAGGCUGUUGACGAUCAGGGAAAUGUCGUCUACGAAAAUCUAUCCGAUCCGAACCCGAACCGGGUGGAGUUCGACAAUCUGUACCUGGACAUGAAUGGUAUUAUUCAUCCGUGCACCCAUCCGGAAGAUAAACCGGCCCCGAAGAACGAGGAUGAGAUGAUGAUCGCCAUCUUCGAGUGCAUCGAUCGACUGAUGAACAUCGUCCGGCCGCGCAAGGUACUGUAUAUGGCGAUUGAUGGUGUAGCACCGCGCGCCAAAAUGAACCAACAGCGAUCGCGUCGUUUCCGGGCGUCGAAGGAGACGGCCGAGAAGGCGGCCGAGAUGGCCCGUAUCCGCGAGGAGCUCGCGGCCAAGGGUGCCAUUCUGCCGCCCGAGAAGGAAAAGGGUAGCCACUUCGAUUCGAACUGUAUUACACCCGGCACCCCGUUCAUGGACCGGCUGAGCAGGUGUCUGCAGUACUACGUGCACGACCGAAUGAACAACAAUCCGGGAUGGAAGAAUUUGAAGGUGAUCCUAUCGGACGCUAAUGUACCCGGCGAGGGCGAGCACAAGAUCAUGGACUACAUCCGCAAGCAGCGUGUGCAGCCGGACUACGACCCAAACACGCACCACGUGCUGUGUGGUGCUGAUGCGGAUCUGAUCAUGUUGGGACUGGCGACACACGAAACGCACUUCACGAUCAUCCGCGAGGAGUUUUUACCGAACAAGGACCGACCGUGCGAUAUUUGCCAGCAGAUCGGGCACGAGAUGAAGUCCUGCACCGGGCUGCAGUCGGAGCGCGAGCUAGCCGACAAGCCACCGCCGAUGCCGGGCAAGGAGACGCAGUUCAUUUUCGUGCGAUUGAACGUGCUGAAGGAGUAUUUGCAAAAGGAGCUGGACAUGCCGAAUUUGCCCUUCCCGUACGAUUUCGAGCGUGUGGUGGACGACUGGGUGUUUAUGUGUUUCUUCGUCGGCAACGACUUUCUGCCUCAUCUGCCCAGCCUGGAGAUUCGCGAAAAUGCAAUCGACCGUCUGGUGACGCUGUACAAAAAGUGUGUGUACAAAACGCGCGGCUACCUGACCGACUCGGGAAGCGUGUUGCUCGACCGGGUCGAGAUGAUCAUGACGGAUCUCGGAUUCGCGGAGGACGAAAUCUUUCGGCAGCGUAAGGUGAGCGAGGAUCGCUUCAAGGAGCGCAACAAGCGGAUGCGAAUGCAGAACGAGCGCCAGCGGCGUCCCAAUUUCGAGCAGUACAACAACUCCCAGUUUGCUCCGACUCCGCUUGGCCGAGGCGUGCAGCCGCAAGCCGUUGUGAAUGCCCGCAAGGAGGCGGCCCACUUUCGGAUGCUUGGACAGGGUGGAAACGAUAACGAGCGAGUGGCGGCCGGCAACAACAGCGCCAACGAUCCGAGUCCGCGGGGCACCAAGCGGAAAGCGGAAGAACCGCUCGCGGUAACCGUGACGGAAGACGAGGAAAAGGAGACACCGGAUGAGGUACGGCUGUGGGAGGACGGUUUCAAGGAUCGGUACUACGAGUCGAAGUUUGACGUAAUGCCGCAGAACAUAAAGUUUCGUCAAACUGUCGCCUGGGAGUACGUGCGAGGACUGUGCUGGGUGCUGCGAUACUACUAUCAGGGCUGUGCGUCCUGGGAGUGGUACUUCCCGUAUCACUAUGCACCAUUUGCGUCGGACUUUAAGCAUCUGGAAAACGUGAACACCCACUUCGAUCGUGGCACACCGUUCAAGCCGCUCCAGCAGCUGAUGGGUGUGUUCCCGGCAGCCAGUCGCAGCCACGUUCCGCCGGCGUUCGCCGAACUGAUGGUUGAUCCGCGCAGUCCCAUCAUAGACUUCUACCCGAUCGACUUCCGCAUCGAUCUAAAUGGUAAAAAGUUCGCCUGGCAGGGUGUAGCUCUGCUCCCGUUCGUAGACGAAAAGCGACUGUUCAAGGCGACAGAUCCGAAGGUACCGUUGCUGACGGAAGAGGAACGAUUGCGGAAUGAGAACGGCGAUGCGAAGCUGUUCGUUCUACCCGGGUCUGCCGGCUACCGUACGCUGGCCGGUCUUUACGGUGGCGAUGACGUGGAUUACAACCGAGAGGUCCCAGUCACUGUAGACUAUGUGGAGGGUUUUGUUGUUCCCACCAAGGAAAAUGUACCACGAGAGGGUAUGCUUCCUUCGCCCAUCCCCGGCCUGCCGGCUGUGACGGAGAAUCAAGUGUUGACGGUGCGCUUCCAGGACCCAAAGUAUGCGGACGAUUUUGUGUUCCCGGCACGCCGACUGGACAAUGCAAAGGAACAACCGAAGGUGUUGGGCGCGAACGAAGGUCCGGUGAUUGGGUUCGGCCAGCGCACGGAUCGUGCGGGGCUCGGAGCGGCCGGCCAUCGGAUGCUUGGACACGCGGGAGGUGGCGGAGGCCGCGGCAGAGGAUUCCAGGGCAAUAACAAUAACUUCCAGGGACGAGGAGGCGGUUACGGUGGCAACAAUCGUUUUAAUGAUCGCGGAGCUACACACAACAACUACUCCGGCGGCUACCAGAGUAAUGAUGGCAACAGCGGCAGUCCGUACGGCAGUGGUGGCAACCAGCAGCAGCAGUACAACCGUCAGGGAGGAGGUCGUCAGGGGGGAAGUAGUAACGCGUCGGAAGAUUCGAGCGUCACAACAUCCGCGACAUCCGGACCGCCCGCCGGUGCCAACCGGAGCGUGUUCGAGCAGCUUAGCAGCCAGAUACAGCAGUACCAGCAGCAGAUGAUGAACGAAAUUUCGCGCAAUACUUCCCAAUCCUCCCCGAACCAGUUCGCCAAUCAGGUCCAGUACGACUAUAACAAUCACCGUGCAGGCGGCAACAACUGGACCAACAACAACGGUGGCCGCAACGCUAACUAUAACAAUAACCGGGGCGGCGGCGGUGGUGGUGGCGGUGGGUACAAUCGUGGCGGUGGAAACGGAGGAAGACAGUUCCAGCAGGGAAAUGGGGGAGGUGGCCAACGCAAUAACAAUAACAACAACAACCGCUACGGGCAGAACAAUUAUGGAUCGGCGGGAGGCGGCGGUGGUGGCGGAAAUAAUCGGUUUAACAAUCAGCGAAGACAGUACUAAUCGCGGGCAAAUCGGACGUGUGUCGUUCCCUUCCGAGUUGCAUUUUUCUUUUAAAUUCAAUUACAACGUUCGGGAGACGCACAACCAUCCCCGGGUAGUAGUGGUGGGAGUAGUAACAGAAGUAGCUGUGGAUAAAUGAUACGUAGGAUGGGCAACCGGAGGCGACCAUAUAAUGCCGCCAAGACAAGGAAGCAUCAAUCACGAUCAUUUACUAUUGAGACUCCCCCCGAACGUGUGGUACAAAUUGGAAUAUUUCGUAUGGAUGAAAGCGGUUCACCAGAAAGGGUUUGUACUGUAAAACGAGAAAAACAACCAAUUCUCGAUUUUCUUUACAAACAUGUUUAGGGAAUACGUACAUUUUUUCUUAGAUCAAGAAAAAUAUUCAAGGAUUUAUAAAUGUAGGCGCAAGCAGCAUAGGAACUUAGGAAUCACACUACCACAGAUGAGGAUCGUUACCAUACAAACAGUGCAUUUGUAUGGAUCGAAAAGCUCUUUUUCCGUACGUUAAGAUAUGCGUUAGUUGCAAUUUUUACAGGACCUAUCCUGUGCUGGUAAGUGGUACCCGCCGCCCCUCACACAUCUUGCGUGAGAACUUUGGUAAGAGUUGUCUUAAGCUAGUUAAGAAGUGUGUGAAUAUGUCAAACAUUUGCUGAUUAGUUAACACAUGUUAACGGAAGGAAAACAGGACCAUUUUGUUUGCUCAAAUGAAUAAAAUGGUUGACGCAACUUUUAUCAUGCAA